AUGGGGGGAGGUAGCGGCGGAUGGUCACGCGGCCAGUGCGGAGGAUGGCAGCUGGAGGCGGCCGGCGUUGUGCAGCGCAGGAGGCGGGUGACGACCGGCGGUAGGAGGAGGGCGAACGAUGGUAGCAAAUGGCGGGCGGCGGACGGUGGUAGCGAAUGGCGGGCGGUGGGGGGAGGCGACAGCGAACGACAAUGCAGCCAGUGCGGAGGACGAUGGCUAGAGGUGGCUGGCGUUGGGCAGGGGCAGGAGGCGGGCGAUGGGGGGAGGCCGAAGGUAGCCGACUUCCGACAGUGGCAAGAGGUGAGCGACGAUCGAUGGUGGGAGGGGGGCGGCGGCGGCGAGAGGCGGGCGGCCGGCGGCAGGAGACAGUGGCCGGUGGCCGACGGGUAG